AAGUAAAUCUUGAUGACUUUCUAUUACUAGAAGAAAUAGAAAACACUAUCAAUCCUAUUCCAGCCUUAGAAUCAGAAAUAGAAGACACUACCGAACUUAAUUCGAUUGUAGAAUUAGAAAUUGAAAACUUGGAAGACUCUAUAACUAUCCUUUUAACUGAU